CGGGGCCGCCGCAGGCAGCGCGGGCAGCGCGGAGCCGCCGCGGCCCCGGCCCGGCCCGGCCCGGCCCGGCCCAUGACGCCCAGCGGGCGGCCCGCGGGGCCCCGGCGCUCCCCCCAGAGCUGGCCGGUGCAUCUGGUUGCGAUGGAGACCGUGUCCCUGGAGCACCAGAUCCAGAGCGUGCAGCGGCACAUCGCCUUCCUCAAGAAGGAGCAGAUGGAGCUGCUCCAUGACCUGCACCUGGAGAUCCUCCGCCUGCAGAAGCACUGCUCAGAGCUCACCCAUGACCUGGAAAUGAAAGAGCUGGAGGCACGCCAGCAAGAUGUCCUGGACCGCGAGCUGGAGGAGAAGUGCCGGGCGAUGGAGGCGCAGCUGCAGGAGAAGGAGAAGGACAACGUGGAGCUGCGCAGGGAGCUGCAGCACAAGGAGACGCUGGUGGCCGCGCUGCGCUCCAGCCUGCGCAGCAAGGAGCGCCGCUUCCUGGAGGAGCUCAAGCGCCGGAGCCACCGCGUCACCAUCCUCGACACCGAGCUGCAGAAGCAGACGGAGGCGGCCGCCUACCUGUCGCUGCAGCUGCACGCCACGGCGCAGCAGCUGCCGGGCCCCGAGCAGCCCCCGGGCCAGGCCGCGGCCCGGCCGCGCCGCCGCGGCCACAGGGCAACGCGGGCCCGCGAGCCGGCGCCCGAGGAGCACGAGGCCAUGCCCGACCCCGCGCUGUUCCUGUACUCGCCGCGGGCCCAGCGCCCCGAGCCGCCCGGCCGGGGCCAGCGGCACCCCCGGCAGCCCCCGCAGGAGCCGGCGGCCAGGCCCCGGCCCGCCAAGGGCGAGCCCGGCAAGAGGCAGGGCUCCGGCGGCCACGGUGGCCAGGGUGCUCAUGGUGCCCACAGUGCUCAUGGAGCCCACGGUGCCCAUGGUGCCCAUGGUGCCCAUGGAGCCCACGGUGCCCAUGGUGCCCAUGGAGCCCACGGUGCUCAUGGAGCCCACGGUGCCCCCCGGGCCCAGGAGUAGGCGGCGAGGUGACGGCGUGGCCCGAGCGGCCCGGAAGGCCUAAGCCCGGCCGAGGUUCUGUUCCUCCCCCCGUCCCCUUGGUGAGGGGAAGGGGCAGCCGAAAGCAGAGCCCUGCACACACAUCCCACCCACCGGCAGCCAGAAGGAGCCCCCUGCCCCAAAGGCCCGAGCCAGGGAUGUCACUGGCAGUGCUGCAGGACGGGAGCGUGCGGCACCGGGCUGUGAGGGGCAUGGCCAAGCAGCUGCCCAGAGCUUGCAAGGAAAGAACAAGAGGAAGACAGAAGGGGAAGCAUGUUUGGAACGAGAUCUUGCUGCUGCUGCUGCCCUCAGAGUGGUGCCAGGGUGCUUUCCCUGGUGCUGGGAGGUGGGUGUGCAGUGCAGGCACCACGGGAUGGGCCCGGCCCGGCCUCCAGCCCUCGCCAUCACUGGCACCGGGCACUGCGAGGGCCAGGACGUCCCCAGGAAGGUUCUCCAGAGCGCAGGCAGCUGAACAAGGUGGAUCCUGUGGGUGCUGGAGGGAUCCCCUUGCACAAGGACAGUGCUGCUGUGCUGGCCAGGCCCUGUCCCCUGCUCCCCUGUGCAGGGUCUGUCAGUGUCCAACACGGAUUUCUCCCCAUCACAUUCAGACUCAGACGAGGCAGCUGGACAGAGAUUGGCAUCCUGGCAGUCCUGGCAGCCUUGGCACUCCUGGCAGUCCUGGCAAUCCUGGCAGCCCUGGCAAUCCUGGCACUCCUGGCACUCCUGGCAGCCCUGGCAGCCCUGGCAGCCCUGGCACUCCUGGCAGCCCUGGCACUCCUGGCACUCCUGGCAGCCCUGGCACUCCUGGCACUCCUGGCACUCAUGGCAGCCCUGGCAGUCCUGCUGGAUGCACCGUGGCUCCUGGGCCGCUGCAGCCGGGCUCCAUGUGCUGCUGGAGCAGGCUGCACCCCCUGCCCCUGCACAGGGCUCUCCUCACCACCAGCACUUGGUUCUCAGUCACAGCCACAGCCAGCCCUGGGUUUGCUGCUGAGGGCUGAGCAGCUCCUGGUCCCCCCCAUCGCCUCCCGAGCACGGCGGCCAUACAGAGCUGCCUUCCCCCCAGCCUUGCCCCAUUUCCAGCCACACUGUCAGCUUUACACCCCACUCCCUGGGUGUUGUGAAACACCGUUAGGAGGGGAGGGCUUUGGGCAGGGCAAAGGUCUCUGCUGCAGUGCUGCUCAUGCUGCCUGAGGGCAGGUUUCACCCUGGUGGGAGCUGCCAGCCCGGCUGGGACUGGGCCCUGCCUGCAGCCAGCCCUGCCCGGACCCUCGCUGCCCCCACGGCUGGCAUGGCCACCAGGGAGCUGCAGGGUGACAUCAGACCCUGUUUCCUUCCAAUUCAAUUUGAAACUUCUUGAGAGACAUCACCCUCAUAGACUAGCGAGGCCUGGCCUGCCCGCUCACACUCAGUGUGCCCGUGCAGUCAGAGAUGUCUAUUUUUGUAGUUCAAUAUUUAUAUACUCUAUUAAAAUGCUUUAUGAGAUUCACA